AUGUUGCUGAAGCAGUGCAUCGUAAACUACCAACUGUUGGUUAAUUGCCGCGACCCCCUCUGCGGCCAUGUGAGAAUUUUCGGUCUCGGCAGAGGCCGAGGCGUCGCGCAGGUGGAAGGUGGGGGAAAAAGAAAAAGCGUGAAAAGUAUAAGCAGUCUAAGCAGUAUAAACAGUGUGGACAUGGUAAGCAGUGUGAGAAAAGUGAGAAGCACUCCAAAGGUUAGCAACGCUCUAAACGCACCAAACGUGACCAACCUGCCGAAUCUACCAAACAAGGGAAACUUCCUCUUCAUUCAUAAAAUCCCAUACCGAGCGAGUACCCAUCAGGGGCAGAAAAACUGGAUGAGCAACCCACCCAAGGAGGCCCAAAUGACCAGUCCAGAGUGGAUAACGCGCAUGUCCAGGAAGUGCAGCAGGUGGAGGAUACGCCUGUUCUCAAGUGGGAGCCGUAAUGACGGAAAAACCAACUGGGGAGACGAGAACAAAGCGGAUGGAAAGAAUGACCAGCCGAAGGAGGACGCCAAAACGAACAUAAACCAAGCACAAGAAGCCUUUUUCAACUUAAGGAAAAGCUUGAGAGAGUCAUUUGAAAAGAAGCUAAACACAAAUGCAGACGGAGGUGUGUCCAUAAAGGACAUUUACAAAAUUUUGAAGAAGGAAAGGAAUUACCUAGCAGUGGCAUUCCUCUGUUUGCUAAUCUCCUCCCUGGGACAAAUGUUCUUCCCCAUGUGUAUAAGCAAAAUAAUUAAUAUGUACGGAGGGAAGGAGGAAUCUUUAAAGUAUGUAAUGAACGAGGUGUACAAAACGGUCUUCCUUAUUAUAGGAAUUUCUACGUUCAGCUUUUUUCGUAUAUAUUUUAUCGAAACGUCUAUCGAAAAAAUUACUAGACGGUUAAGAAAAGAUUUGUUUGAAAAUAUACUCAAUCAGAAGUUGUCUUUUUUUGAAAAGCAGAAAACAGGAGAGUUAAUAAACAGAUUAUCUAACGACAUUGAAGUUUCCUCGAGGGUACUAAUAACUCUUUCCUUCGGGAUUAGAAAUUUAAUUGCGGCAAUUGUUGGAGGAAUCUGUGCUUUGCAUAUAUCUCCAAGUAAAUUAUUUCAGUCCUUUUUACUCCCCGUCUCUGCUUCUCUGAUAAUUGGUACCACUUAUGGAAAAAUUGUAAAACAAAUCAGCAUUGUAAAGCAAGAGAAGUUAAGUAAUUGCAUCGACUUUGCGUCAGAGAAGAUACACAACAUUGGUAACGUUAGACUACUCAAUGGAGAAUCUUUUGAAAAAAAAGAAUUUACAAAUUAUUUAAAUGAAGUGUACAAAUCGGGUGCGAAGUAUUCACUCGUCAAAGCUGGAAACCACUUCCUCUUCGUUAGUAUCAUUUCGCUAUUUCUGCUCCACUUGAUUUAUUAUGGGAAUUAUUUAAUUGCCAAUAAGUACAUAAAUACGGGAGAUUUAUUUUCCCUAAUUAUGUACUCCCUAUUUUGUGGUAGUGGCAUACAGGGUGUUAUGCAAUCCAUUGGCGAUCUUCAGAAAUGCAUUGGCUCAUGCGCAAAGGUACUUCAAAUUAUUAACCUCCCCAAGAGUGAAUACAACGAGCACUGGUCGAAGGACACAAUUCUUUUCCUCAAAAAUGAGGAUUACUCCAUCAAGUUUGACAACGUUUCUUUUUCGUAUGGCAAAGAUGAGGAGAUCAUCCCCCACGACAAGUCCUAUGCCGAGGUGGAUCCCGCUUCACGCAGGAGCAGUGCAGGGAGCAGCGGCACUAGCGCAACGGACUGCACGAGCAGCACGACCCCUGCGAACCACACAGAUCGCGCAAGUAGCAAACGCGUGGAGGAGAACAAUUACGCCCUGAAGAAUGUCUCCUUCUUCCUGCCGCACAACAAAUCAGUUGCCAUUGUAGGCAAAAGUGGCAGCGGAAAAACGACCAUCCUAAAUCUGCUCUCCAAGAAGAACACCCCCAACGCGGGAAACAUCCUCAUAGGCAAUUUCCAAAUUGAGAAAAUCAGCUCCUCAGCCUUAAGGUACAUCCAAGGAGUAAUCACGCAAAACCCGUUUCUUUUCAAUAUGUCUAUCCAGGGCAAUUUGCUCUACCCCCUCAAGGCAUAUGAACAGAUGCUGAAGGAGCAAUUAAUACUCAUAGAGGAAGAAAAAAUUUCCCAAAGGUGCACCAAAAAUAGAAAAAACAUAAAUUCGUGUAGAGGUACCAAAUCGACAAUGCUGAACAACACGGCGUCUGAAAAUACCCUCGAGUCACACCAACUUGCAAUCGACGAAUUGGACGAAAUACACUCCUUUGUCACCAGGGAAAUACAAAACGUGCAAGAAAAUUUAAAAAAAAUUACGCCAGAUAUGUUGAAAGAUACGUAUAAAAAUUUUCACAUUCAUGACUUUUUAAGUAAGUAUGCUCAUUACGAUGAUGUAAAUGUAGGGGUGGAUGGAUCUUCCUUGUCGGGAGGACAAAAGCAGAGAGUUUACCUUGCGCAGAAUUUAUUUAAGAAAAAUAAAAUUCUCAUUUUGGAUGAACCGACUUCUUCGCUAGACAAAUUAUCGGAGAACAUAAUUAACGAAGCGUUACUGAAAUAUAUGAAGGGAAAAACGUCGAUCAUUUUUACUCACCGAUUGGACCUGCUCAAUUUCGUUGACUACAUCGGUGUCCUUAAUGAUGGCUCGAUGGUGCAGUUUGAUUUGCGGGCCAAGGUGCUCGAGAAACCCUGCGACAUUUUGCGUCAGAUACUCAGUCAGAGCUCCUUCUGA